AUGCUAAAGAUAGUUCCGAUGAGAUCCGCGUUGAAGCAAGGACAUACGAUGUUGAAGGGACGAAUUGCAAUGGUCAGUGGUAUUUCUACACCAAUGCAUUUACGUAACAGAACCGCAGUUCUAUUUAAUAGAAGAUUCUCAAGACAUUUCUCCCGUAAUGAACUAAGAAAGUCAACUCCCUCAGAUAUCGUUAAGAAGGCAAAGAAUGCAGUUUCGACCAAAUCUGAUAAAAGAUUAUCCAUGAAGUGGGCUCUGUUGACCGGUGUCACUUUGGUGAUUGGUACUAUGAUUAUUGCAUCAAGGAAUGAUCGUUCUGGUAAAUUAGAUGUUGAUGACGACGAUGAAAAUGAUGAAAAAAAGUUAAAAAAUAGAUAUAGCUCUCGUGGGCAUUUCGCCACUUAUAAAGGUAUUAAAAUAUUCAAUAACAACUGGAUGUUUUUUUGUUAUUCAACGUUACCUUUGAAUGCAAUGUCCAGACUUUGGGGUCAAGUAAACUCUUUGACUCUGCCAAUGUGGUUAAGACCUAUUGGUUUUAAUUUUUAUACCUCAUUAUUUGGUGUCAAUCUAGAUGAAAUGGAAGACCCUAAUUUGUAUCACUAUGCAAACUUGUCUGAAUUCUUCUAUAGAACAAUAAGGCCAGAGACUAGACCGAUUGCUGAAGGGGAAGGUGUUAUUGCAUCACCAAGUGAUGGUCAAGUCUUACAGAUUGGUAUCAUCAAUUCAGAUACCGGUGAGAUUGAACAAGUGAAAGGGUUAACAUACUCAAUAAAAGAAUUUUUAGGUACACAUGAUCAUCCAAUGAUGAGUAAAAGUGAAUCAAAUUUAACAUUAAAGCAAAAUACACAUGAUGGUAAAUUGGCAAAAUUACUAAAAUUGAAUGAAUCUAUAGACAAUAUAGAUGCAAACGCAUCAAAAAAUAUAGAAACGAGGAUACCUGAUGAUGCACCAGUUAUAAAAUUCAAGGAUGAAGGGGAUACUGCUGUGGUUAAGGGUAAGGAUAUAUCUACUUCCAAGAAAGUAAAAUUAUUGAAUGAACUCGCGUUGAAUAUCCCUCGUUAUAGGUCUUUUAAGACUGACCCAUCACAGAAUAUUCAAUUAUAUUUUGCUGUGAUAUACUUAUCCCCAGGUGAUUAUCACCACUACCAUGCACCAGUUGAUUGGGUCUGUAAACAAAGACGUCACUUCCCUGGUGAUCUAUAUUCAGUAGCACCAUAUUUCCAAAAAAAUAUGCCGAACUUAUUUGUACUAAAUGAACGUGUCGCAUUAUUAGGUUAUUGGAGAUAUGGGUUUUUCAGCAUGACCCCCGUUGGUGCCACCAAUGUUGGUUCAAUUAAAUUGAACUUUGAUGAAAAAUUAGUUACAAACGUAAAAAGAAGACCUCAUGUUGAACCACAUACUUGUUACGAAGCUACAUAUAAAAAUGCCAGUUCUCUUUUAGGUGGUAUGCCUUUGGAGAAGGGUGAAGAAAUGGGUGGUUUCAAGUUGGGGAGUACAGUUGUUCUUUGUUUUGAAGCGCCUUCAGACUUUAAAUUCAAUGUGAAGGUUGGUGAUAAGGUUAAAAUGGGUCAAAAUCUCGGUGAAACAAAAUAA